AUGGAUCUGCCAUUUGACGCUAACCAAAGAUUCGUAUAUGAAUCGGUCAUAAUUAUCCAAUUUUUUCAUUUAUUGCUGUGUUCCAACGUUGUAAGUGUAUUCAAUGCUUUACUCAUAAAUCUGAUAUUGCAUAUAGGCGGUCAAAUCGAUAUUCUGCGUGAGAAUUUGAUGGGAAUUGUUUCGAAGAAAGACAAGGACAACUCGAAUCAUUUCAUGGCAAAAGAAGUAAUAAAAGAACAUCAGAGAAUCAUUAGCUUCUCAGAGCACAUCGAACAUUUGUAUUCGUAUAUCGCGAUGGUGCUCUUUGUAUCGGAUAUUCUAAUUAUCUGCUGCUUAGGUUUUACAAUUGUCACAUCAAUCAGUCGACCCGACGUUUUAAAAAAUAUAAUUAGGGUCCUCUUUUAUUACUUUUCCAUAAAUAUGGAAGCAUUCAUAUUUUGCUUUGCUGGAGAAUACUUGAGCGCUAAGAGUAAAAGCAUAGGAGAUGCUGCCUACGCUUCCCUCUGGUACGAAUCAGAUUCUAGAACCAAUCGAAUUAUAUUGUUUUUGAUAAUGAGGUCGCAAAAUCAGUUAACAAUUACAGUUGGAAAGAUAAUAAAUUUGUCCUUGGAACGAUUUACUAGUAUUAUUAAAACUUCAGGAUCCUAUAUAUCCGUCUUACUUGCAAUGUGUUGA